AUGGCCGUCUGCUGCCCCACACCUGAUGGUGAGCCGCGGCUGCACACUACAAGCAGUCUCUACAUCUACAUCUACAUUUAUACUCCUACGCGUGCGCAGCAGCAAGCCGUGCUGGCGCGCGCAUCAGCCGCCCUGCGCUGCCUCGCCCUGCCGGAAGAGGCGCGCCGGCUGGUGGCUCGCCUCUACGCACACACGCACCCGCGGCACGGCUGGGAGGUAACGGAUUUGGCAACAGAGCUGCGCAGUGCGCCAACGCCGAGCCAGCUGCGCUUCAUGCGGCGCGCGUGCGCGGUGAUGGACGCGAACGCGUUCGAGGUGAGCGCGGACGUGCGCGGCCUGUACCCGCUGUCGGCCAUGAUGAACAACGAGUGCUCGCCCAACACGACGCACGGCUUCGACGAGAGCCACGCCAUGGUGGUGCGCGCAGCUGUCGACAUCCCGGAGGGCCGCGAGCUCACCAACUCGUACACGCCGCUGCUGUGGGGCACGCCGGCCCGACAGAGGCACCUGCAGCUCACCAAGCACUUCCUCUGUCGCUGCGAGCGCUGCAAAGACCCCCAGGAGUUCGGGUCUCUGCUGUCUGCGCUGCGCUGCGGGCGCGGCGGCUGCCCAGGCGCCAUAGUGAGCGAGGACCCACUGGACACUGGGUCUCCGUGGCGCUGCGGCGCUUGCGGCCGGCAGCUGGGUGCGGCCAAGGCGCGCGCCACGUUAGCAGCCCUGGGGGCGGUGCUGGCCAGGGUGGACACGGGCAGUCCCGAGGCGGUGGCCGCGCGCUUCCGCUGCCCAGUGCUGGCCCAGCUGCUGCACCCCUCCAACCAGGUCGCCGUCGAGCUCAAGAGCUGCCUCGUCUGGCACUUCGGACACUCCGCCGGCUACACCUGGCGAGAGCUGUCGGACGACCAGCUGAGCUGGAAGGAGGCAGCGUGCGGUGAACUUCUGGGGCUGUUAGGGCAGCUGCGCGCGGGCCGCACCAGGCUAACAGGUCUGCUGAUGCUGGAGCUGAGCUGCACCCUGGAAGAGAAGCUGAGGAGACAACAGGGGGAGGCUGAUACCGCAUUACGCGCCCAGGUGCGGACACUCAUUGCAGAUGCUGUGGCUGCGAGUUACUAUAGCCGACUUAGCAGGCUUUCUUAUUUUUGGAAUUCCCCACAAUCAAGACAUGUACGAUAG